CUUCUCAUAGUCUCCGGACUCGACCAGCUGAAAUUGCAUUGUAAUACACUGAGCUUCUGAGACGGAGCUGUGUAGAUCAUUUUGUUGUUUACGUUGAAUCUCCAGAGACUAUCGGAUCUAUAUCUAUACAUGUUGUAUUAAAUACGUUUCGGAAUUGUGUCAUUUGGAGAAUCAUGGACCGUGAGUGGAGAAGCGAUUGGGUUUUAAAUCUCGUCAGCGACUAUUCUUCUCUCAGUCUCACCUCUUGUCCGAGAGCGUUUGACUGAGCCGAUCAAGAUAUAGGCUGGAGCGGCUUUAUUCGUUUCUGCAUCAAGUCAAGGUCUUUUCACUCGUUCGGUGAAUAGUUAACUAAAGCGAAAUUAUUUGUAUUAAAUAACCGAGGAUUUGUAUUCAAACAGCCGAGGUUUCUUUCAACUCUUACGUCCAGGAGCUGUCCAGCUUGACGGUCAGACUGACCAGUACUCAGUUGUCCAGAAAAAUGGAGGCUGUUAUUGAGAAAGAAUGCAGUGCACUGGGGGGACUUUUCCAAAGUGUGAUAGGCGACAUGAAAAACAGCUACCCCAUCUGGGAAGACUUUAUCAGCAAGGCUGGGAAACUACAAUCUCAACUCAGAGCGACCGUGGUUGCAGCUGCAGCGUUCCUGGAUGCCUUUCAGAAAGUGGCUGACCUGGCCACCAACACACGAGGAGGCACCAGGGACAUUGGUUCAGCUCUAACCAGGAUGUAUUGUUUGUGUGUUGCAAGAGGCACCAGGGGAUUGCUCUAA